CUUUAUUAGAGGAAUAAAAUAAAAUAAAUUAGACUGGCUUUUAUUCUUUUUUCUUUUCUUUUCUUUAACGUUUAUUCAAGUUGUCGAAUAGAAAUAAAGAAAAGAACGCGAUAAACUCGCUAGACGUAGACCCUUUGUUUGCUCAACAGCAGGAAGCAGACGAAGGAUUUGCGUCUUCUUCGUCUAUCGAACAAGACCAAAUAUACGAAGUUAUUCGACGCAAAAGAACAAGUCAACAAAUGCAACCCACUUCCUCAGUAGUUGAUACGAGUCGAAAGUUAUUCGAAGAUAAAAUCAAAAUGGCACCUGUAGAGUCUAUUUUAUGGAUUUUGUCGUUUUUAUGGGUUUUUUAUCAGCUGUUGUUUACGCUUGAUAACCAAGUCAUUACAGGUUGGUUGUUUAGUAUUUGGGUUGGUUUUGGAUUGGUACGACUCACUGCAAAAAAGAAAGAGAAAGAAAUGAAAUGCGAGGAUCAUGCCAUAUCAACUUCUUCUGAUGAAAUAUUUGAUAGCCCUGCAACAAAGGCAUAUGACGGUGACAAAGAAUCCAAAGUCUUGAAUGAAUUUGUGAUCAGACAUAGUACACCAACUCAUUUAGAGUCUGUCAACCGUAUUUAUGGUGCCAACAAGACUUCAUUUAGAGCAAAUGCAGAUGAUGGGUUGUUAUGCGGUGUAUUGUUAUUGCCCAUGGUGGCUGCAUCAAAACUCAUUGAUGCAUCAAAAAAAGAGAUGGAUCAAUAUCACAUAGCCUAUCUUAGUGUUCGACUAGAGCUUGUCUUGUUUAUGAGUGUGAUUCUUUUGAUUCAAGUGUUUGUAAAUGAAUAUUUACAUCCUCUUAAGCGAGUGAUUCGAAAGCGUGGUUUGUUUGUCUCAAGUAUUUGUGUUGCUGGAUUGUUUACAACCUUGCUCAGCUAUUCGCCUUUGGCACCUACUUUAUCAAAAGCACCUCUUACUAUUACGAUUAUGUCAGUCACUAUGUUUCAAUGGUUUCUUUAUAUCUGUGUAGUCACGUUAAAGAAAUGCUUCACAUUAGGUGAAAUGUGCAUUAUUUCUCAAGCAGCAGCAGUUGUUGUUCAUGGUGCAGCAGAAUACAUUUGUGUCAGUUAUUACCCAGACUAUAUGCCAUUUUAUAUGCAGUUUAUAGAAACUUCAUGUAGUACUGUUCUGAUUCAUGCGCUUGUGGUUGGUAUGAUCUUUAUUGGGGUAGUUACUUACCCUUUGCUUCGACAAUCAAGACGUCUGGCUCAAAGACCUUAUUGGAGAUCAUCUACAAAGCUUCUUCAAAACAAAAAGGUACCUGUUGCUAUCACUUUUUAUGCUUUGACGGCUGUUAUCGUCUUUUUCGUGAUUGCGCCUAUUUGUCAAACAAUUACAGGUGAAAAUCCUUUCAUGUGGACACUGGACUUUUUAUACAUGUCUCCUUCUCGUAUGUUUCUGUGUCUCUAUUGGUCAUUGACAGUGAUUACUACGGUUGUGAUUUGGGUUCUUGUGUUGGAUUUUGUUCCUCAGUCAAACCAACAAGACCAACCGUUUUAUGCAAACACAAAUGUAGAAGGCAAGGCGUUAACAAGUUCAUUAAACAAGAAGCGUAAGUUGUUUCAUGCUUUAGCAGUCAUCAUGUUUGUGCCUGGUGUUUUGUUUGAGCUCUCUUUUCUUCAAUUGGCUUUUGGUGUUGCACUGUCUGCUUUCAUUUACUUGGAAUAUUUGAGAUAUUUUGCUAUUUGGCCUUGGGGAAAAAGCCUUCAUGUCUUUUUGACUGAAUUUAUUGACAAUCGAGACCUUGGACCUGUCAUUCUUAGUCAUAUAUAUUUGUUAUUAGGAUGUGCUAGUCCUGUUUGGCUUGAAAGUUCCAACGUACUGGCAAGUUUGUCAGGUAUCUUGUCUUUAGGUUUUGGUGAUGCUGCUGCAUCUAUCAUUGGCAAACGUUUUGGUAGAUAUUAUUGGCCUGGCACAAAAAAGACAGUGGAAGGCACGAUGGCGUUUAUUGUGGCUGUUUGGUUAAGUUCUUGGAUCAUUGUUUACAGUGCUGCAUUGUUAGGUAUAGACGAUGCUGCUCGUUUUGUUGCUUCGGCUGGCCGAAGUGAAUGGUCUGAUUAUUCUUUUGUGAUUACUUUAACAGGCUUAUUGGAAGCAUUCUCAACUCAAAACGAUAAUAUCGUUAUACCACUUUAUAUGUAUGCCCUUGUUGUUUUAGCGCAUGCAGUAUAGAAAAAGGUUUAUGGCAUAAUAAUCUUAAAUUGAACCGAGUCUUCAUAGGCCUAUGUGUAACAUUCCCACCUUUGUGUAUAUGCAAUGAACAUAACUGCAUAGGAUUUUCUCUCUCUCUGUCUAUACCUGGUUCUCAUUUAAGACUUCUUUCUCCACCCCCCUUCUUCCCAUG